AGAGCGCUGCGUGGUUGGCGGGUAGGUGGGACGCGCCGCGCCGCGCAGGAUUCGCACUGACGAGACGUUGCUCUUGGGCUGCUCUGGUCCCAGUUUCCCUCCGACGCGGCGAGGCCUACCCUUUAAGAGCCUGGGGUGGGGCCAUACUUGCUGCAGGAACCUGCCCUUUAAGGAACAUCCGAGCCUCCGAGGCCGAUCGGAGCCGGCUGCUGCGGACCCGCUGCUCUUCGACCGCGAGCCGGCCCGGCUCCGCCAUGGUUUCGUGGAUCAUCUCCCGGCUCGUGGUGCUAAUAUUUGGCACUUUAUACCCUGCAUAUUCCUCUUACAAGGCCGUGAAGACGAAAAACGUAAAAGAAUAUGUGAAGUGGAUGAUGUAUUGGAUUGUGUUUGCCUUCUUCACCACAGCAGAAACACUCACAGAUAUUGUUCUUUCCUGGUUUCCGUUUUAUUUUGAGUUGAAAAUCGCAUUUGUGAUUUGGCUGCUCUCUCCUUACACCAAGGGCUCCAGCGUCCUCUACAGGAAGUUUGUGCACCCAACGCUCUCCAAUAAAGAGAAGGAGAUUGAUGAGUAUAUUACUCAGGCCCGUGACAAGAGCUAUGAAACCAUGAUGCGAGUUGGCAAGAAAGGUUUAAACUUGGCUGCCAAUGCAGCAGUUACUGCAGCUGCAAAGGGUCAGGGAGUUCUGUCUGAGAAGCUGAGGAGUUUCAGCAUGCAGGACUUGACUCUGAUCCGGGAUGAAGAUACUGUGCAUCUACAGAGCUCCAAGCCACAGCUGCGCACCUCCACUAGUCGCCUUGAAACUAUUGAGGAUUCAGCUGCUUCCUGUUACUCCUCAGGAGAAGAGGCCAGUGUCUCUCAAAGGUCAAAUGGGGCCCAGUCUGAUUCUAGAACAGAACCUUCAGAUGAGGAUGCAGGAGACAAAACACCGAAACGCACCCAGAGCCUCAAAGCUCCUAAGAAAGUGACAAAAGCUGAGCCUCCACUAAAGAGUGUGAAAGCUCGCCCCAAGAAGAAAGCCGCAGGCUCCAUUGCUGCUGGGGAGUCAGCCUAAGGACACCCUCACCCAUCUGUCCCAGGAUUUGCCUGUCACUUUGAAGGGACACUUACCAAAGGAAGGGAGCGGAGAUACAUGUACAUAACAGCUACUUCUUUGUAGAGCUCAUUCCAAGGCGAGGGGGUGGCAGGGAUUCAGCAUGUGGAGUGGAGGAUGCACAUCCUCAGGAAUUAUUUAGUCUUCAUCUCUCUGUUGGAGAGAAUGUUGAUCUACCUGUACAUAGCCUGUUGCUUUGGGAUCCCCUCUCUGCAUAACCCUAAUAGGGAAACUCUGCUGGAAGAACUGAUUAUUAUUAUUCUUAACAUAGCGCAAUGUGCCUCAGGUGGCACGUGACCAGGAUUCACUACCAAAUUUGGUCUGCUGGUUAAUUAGGGUUAGAGCCAUCCCUUGUGCAGAGGCUGGAACAAAUAUUCAGGAUGGGGCCACUGAAGUUCCAUUUGGGGUGGAGAGCUCCUGAAAAUGUCUUACAUCAGCCUGGGCAUCCUCCUGAAGCUACUGAGGGGAAUUAUUGGUAGGAAGUGCCUGUAGCAAAGUGGCUGGUACGAGUUCCUUCGUAAUUCAAGCCCAUUCUCGUAGGGAAGGGGACUGAAGCAAUAUGUGGCUCAUGCUUUCCAGUUUCAUUCAUGAUUGACUUGUAGGACGAGUGGGAUUGUGUCUGGGUUCCAGCAUAUGCUGCAGAUGGACUCUCAAGAAGUGAGGAUGAACAGCUUUCUUUGCUUUUCAGGGAAAAGGAAGAGCAGGGAGGGAGCUGAGACUCCACAGUGGAUAGGAGGACAUGAGUGAGUGUGUGUGCAUGCUGGAGUAUAUACAAGUGUCUGCUGGAGAACUGACUACUUGGCACUCCUGGAGUUUAUGGUCCUGUCUCCAGAAUUGCUUGAAUUUUAUUUUGGAUUCCAUAGUCCAAUCCAAUUCCUGUAUGGAUGAUGUCAAAGGGUGUGUGUGUUAGGCAAUGCAGGGGCCAAUGAGCCUCUCCUGGCAGUGCUUUGGGUGGACUGUGAGGAUGUUACAUUCACAGCCAAUGGCUGAACUCCACAGCACCCCGAUACUAGUUACCCGAGAACUAAUCUGACAAAUUCUUUCAUUCUAACAGAUGACACUGGAAAACCUGGCUCAAUGCAGUCUGCAGACUUACUUGAAUAAGUGUGAGGUGGAACAAAGCUAGAGGCCCUUCUAUCCCAACUCAGAAGGCUCCAGGAGAGCCAAUCCACAGGGCGUGAGAGUUUACAAAUAACUAAAGUAUGAAAACUUCAUUAUCCUGAUACCAGGACUCCAUUCUUCAGUUGGGGGGAAAAAUACAGUAUUGGGAUUGAUCAAUCCUUCUGCUGCAUCUCACUCCAGCCCUUGAACAACUCUUCAUGUAUUUAACAAUGUGCCAAAUCCAUCAGUCUCCUGGAACCUGAGCAGCAUGUAAGAUUCAAGCCAGAAAUACAUUUGGAUAUGGGGUAUGUAAUGAGGGGGUUGGACAUCAGUAACACUCUCAUUUUUAAAAAAAAACAAAAAAACAAAAAACCUUUUAAGGUGAGUCAAUGCAAGCUAUACUGGACACCAAUAUGUUGAGAAUAGCUGAAGGGAUUCCCCCCUCCUCUGGGUGAGAAUACAUCCUAAUCUGUACCCAUCAGUAGAUCUUUCCUAACGUCUCUUGGUGGGGGGAUCCAGAAGAUGAGUAGGGCCCCUCAUAUCACUAUUAUCACUUGACUAAUGUCUUGGAGAUGAAUAUUUGGUGGCCUUGAUUUUUCACUGAGAUUAGCUGCCAAAGGAGCUUUCCUGCCUAUUAAAGACCAUUCUCUCUGUAACCCUAACCACUCUCCCUGUAUUUUAGGAGUAUGGAUUUCCCCCUAUUUCUGUAGCCUACUUUCUCACUUCUAAAACUAUGGCAAAGCUCUUAGCCUAAACGCCUAGUUGUUACGUUGUAGGCAGUGUAUAGGAACACCCCUGUAGCUUUCUUCAAUUGCUUAUAACUUUGUCAAGACUGCCACCUUUUGGGCUGAAAUUUUGCACGUUUGUUCUUGGCCUGAGCAUAAAUUUUAUGAAAAGCUCAUCUCUUUCAAAUACAAAGAGUGAAGGGAUAAAAUUUUUGCCAUUUAAAAAAAAAAAAAAAAACAAUCACCACCAAGCAUACUGACUAGUUCUAAUGUUUUGGUAGGCUGUGGAAGAAUCUUGUAAUUUGUCAGGGAUGCUAGCCCUGUGUAAUAGAUAAGGUGGUCUGGUAAAGUCCUCUUUGAUUUGGCUGAGGCAUUAAGAUUUACAAACUUACUUUGUGCAUGUGCAUUGUAUUUUUUUUUCUUAAUAAUUAUCUACCAAUGUUCCACUGCUACUGCACUUGCAUGUGUAUCUGUCUAAGUGGAAAUUCUCAUUCAGGAUACAAUCUCUUACCGUUUUGUGAUCUGGAACUGCAUAAGAAAGUGAAGAGGAACUUUUUAUUAUAUAGAAUGACAUGUGGCGGUGCAUUUGGAAAGAGACUUGACUGUGAAGGAGCCAUGUCCAAGUCUAUUCUAUAUUGGACAGGACAGGGCAAUUAUGCUGUAUAUAGUAAGUAGCUUUGCAUGAUCAAAUUUCAUCAGUUUUUUUGUUUUUUGUUUUUUAACCUAAAAAUCUCCAUAUCAAAUGCUGUGUUGAAAAACUGCAGGACUCAAGUCUGGGAAUACCAAGGGUAAGGCAGCCCAUAUUCUAUUUCCAACCUCCCAUUGUCCUCUUUAUGCAUAUUAAUUUCCAUACAAACUCUAAUUACAUGAUCCUCAUACUAUCACUUUCCACAAGACCUCUGCCUUGCUCACUCCAGAAGCUGGACAGUGUGAACUGAAGGAGGUAAGUUUAUCCAGUGAAUAAGGCAGAGGCUCCUUUCCUGUCUCUGUGGAGGAGUUGGCUGGUGUGCAGUGUAUGGGGAAAGGAACCACACACUGAACAAUUAUAAUAAAAAAUAAGCAUGAAAGAGCUGCUUCAUUCACUCUGCACGAUCCAUUCUGUAUGUUGAAAGGGGCAGUGGAUCUCUGGGAAAAUUGAUAUGUAAUCAUGCAAUUAAAUUCUGCAUUGUAAUCUGUGCACAGCCACAUUAGGGGCAGAGCUGAAUGCAUAGCCUUAACUGUCACUUUCUGACCCAUGAGUGCUUCACUCUUUAGCCUUAAAAUUCCUUUAUGAUAGCCUUUUGAAUAUGAAUUGCAUUAGUCUCUGUUAUCUAUCAAAUACUAUCUCCUUUCUGCAGCUGUCUUUCAUUUUUAUCCUUGAAGGUCAGGCUAGCAUCACUGUAAUUAUGUAUUGUAGAAAGUGCAGAGGGGGAUAGCAGCUAAGAUACUGUCACUGUUGAGAGUAAAAUUCACCCUUUUUCUGCUCUAUUGAUCCAGCUUGGGAAGCCCAAAUUGUGGGUAUCUAAAAAUCAGUGUCCUGGCUGGAUAGUUGCAAACAUGGGUUUGUAGACACUAGUGGGGCAUGGAGGGCAACUUUACUACUAGUGCAGAGAGAAGAUUAAUAGAGUGGUGGUGCCAGCUCCAUUGCCUGGAAUAGCAGAACCACACUGUCGUCGUCAACUCCUUCCACCAGUAGCCUCAUGCACUUUCCAUUCUCUGAAUGUGUCUGUGGGAGGUAGAAUUAGAAAUACUGUGUCAGAGGUGUACAUGCAACCCACUGGAGAAUGAAGCAGUGAGGCAACAUGGCCAUAUCCAUGCUAGGCAAAGGAUUUGUGACCUUUUGGGGAUCAAAAGUUACCUCCCCUUGCUCACUGACCCUCUGGUGAAUUGGUCAGCAAUUAAUCUUCUGCCUCUUUCUCUUUAUUGAACUCUUAGCACUACUCAGCAAUUAGUGCUGCUCCUGUUGUCUCUCGCUUGCUGCCGCCAACCUCUGCCCUUCCAAAGCAGGGCUUUUGGUUACUUUUAAGGGCUCCAGCCUCAGGGGCCUGGUCUCCUUCUGACUUACUGUGCUAGGUUAAUAGAAAACAAAGUUGAUAUUUAGCACUACACAAUCACUAAUCUCCAAGCUGUCAGCAAAGGUGGGUCAGUAUCCCUGUCCCCACUUUACAUGGAGGUUUAAUGACUUAGCUGAGGUCACAGUGUGAGACCAUGGUGGAGCCAGAAAUAGAACCCAGGUCUCUUGAACUCCACAUCUUGUUCCCUAUCUCCUGGGCCAGGAGGCAGCAGAACAUGACUCUUAUUCUUAGCAAGAAUAAAACCUCAGCAUGACCUAUGUGCCCUGCUGUCAGCUUCCAAAGUGAGCACCAGAGGGAGGUGAGGCCUGAUCUUCAUAUGGGAUGUAAAGGCUUUGACCAGGUAGAUCAAAAUCUAAUUAAACACCCAUGUGAUAGUUUACAAUCAGUUCCCAGCCACGGUUUUAAGUAUGGAUGGGUAGCAGUGUGUAUAACCUCUUUCCCUUAAUGAAAGCUUUCCACUUGCUGCUUCAGUAACAUGCUUCCUAGCUGCUGUGCCUACAACACCAUUAUGUGGCAGAAAAUGCUGAGACUGCCCCACAUUCAGUGGUUUUCUCAGGGCUCAGAAUGUUGCAGGUGAAUUGUUAUAUGUUAGGUUCUGCUGCAAAGUAAAGACUUAUUGCACCCAGUAACAACCCUACACCCAGUUACUUAUAUGCCUAAAUGCAGAGAUGUAAGUGGUAUGAUAGGAGAAGAAAUGACUCUCAGGUGUUCCUUACUCAUAAGAUGAGUAAGCUAUAGCACAUUAGGUUCAUGAAAUCUGCACUGGAGGCAGCUUCACUUGUGGCUCCUACUCACAAAAAGGGAAUUGCCAUAUUUCCACCACAAGAGCCCAUGUCAUGCUACUGGAGAAGGAAACCUUGAGCCAUGUUUUCUUUUCCUUAUGAAACAUGGUGAUCUUGCAUCCUGCUGCGUAAGAAGGGAAAGUUGUACCAUUCCAACUGCCAUGCUUUGUCCCUGCUCCCAUACCAUGUUCUGCUGCAGCC